GCUACAGCAGAAUGUCUCAGCUCAAACUCGUCUGACGUCUGUGGAAGAACUACUCUUAUGAUUUACAGUUUGUCUUUGGCUUUAUUAGUUACCGGACUUGUUAAACCAUGGGUGUCCUGCAUCGUGGACGGUUGUGGGUGCUCAUAGUAUUUCUGCUGCGGAUCCAAGUCUACUCCGAGCGCUGCAUCAGCACAGACAAUGGAGCUCAACCUUUCCUCAGCUUCACCGAAACUCCAACUCAGCAAGUAGAGAUGUCAGACCAAGGCCUUAGACCCUUGUAUAAAUUUGCCCAUAGUUUCCUGGAGUCUGUACAGCCUAACCCUUUCCCAGAAGACAUUGUGUCUAAGAUCUUGAAGAAUGAACAACAGAACAUUUCUCAGCUGGUGCACUAUGAGGCUGGGUACCUGGUGUGUUUGAUCCUGGCAGUACUUUACCUGCUGCUCAUGCCCAUCGCUGGCGCUGUUCUAGCUUGGCGUCAUUUCCAUGGCAAGAAGGCAGAGACAAACACCCAGUCAUCAAAGCUAUCGUCCCGCUUUCAUCAGGACAUCGGUGUGGCUGUUUGCCUAAGUCUCACCACCCUCUUACUCCUGGUAGCAGUCUUUCUGGCUUUCUCAGUAAACAGUAAAGUGCGUGGGAACAUGAGCCCUAGCCUGACCCAGCUGGACACCAAUCUGAGGAGUGUGGAGGAAUCUCUGAAAUCUAUUCCUCGGAAAAUGCAAGUUGUCAUGGAGCAAUAUUCUAUUCCCAAGGCAGAAAUCUCAACGGCAAUCUACGGUGCAAAUGUCACCAUCGGUGCAAACAUCGUCUCAUCUGUCAUUUUUGAGGUUAACAAAGCACUCACUCAACUGUCUGUUUCGGUGGGAGAGGCUAUCAGCAGCAUUGAGAACCUGCAGACAGUGCGCACCACUAAGCUGAAAUUGCAGGCAAGACAAAGAAAUAUGCAGAGGGACCUCCAGGGACUCCAGAGAAGAUUGCAGUCUCUGAAGAGUUGCUCUAGCUGUGAUAUACCAGACCCCAGCAACCUGGAGACAGAUGCUGACUACACGCUGAUCCCGAGAAUAGAGGACAUACUGUAUAAAAUGCCCCCCACAUCUGACCUUGAAGGCCUGGUCAGAGAGGGCAACUCCAGCUUCAAUAGCAUUCCCCAGCUCUGCUCAGACCAGAUGGCCCCCACUAUGACAGCUCUCCUGUUGGAGCUCAACAGAAACCAGGAGUCUCUGAAUAACAGCAGCCGUAGCUUCCCUUCCAUGCAGUCUCUAACAGAAGGAGCUUCUGAGCUGAGGGCUGCUGUGAGACGUUACUCUGGAUCUGUGGACUACUAUGACUAUGUCCGAUGGGCAGUGGCAGUUACAUUCUGCACUAUAAUGCUGGUCGUGGUGCUUCUGAUGGUGGCUGCUGUUUGUCUGAGCCUGCCUGUGCUCUUCAACCCCACCAUCUACGACACCCUCCCCCAUGUCUGCCUGGAACACACUGCAAUCAGCCUGUUCAGAGCUUCUGUGGUGUUGAGCUUGGCGUUCUCCUGGCUCUUUGUCAUUCUGGUGUUUGUCAUGCUGUUCUUUGGGGGUAACAUUCAUGCCCUAGGCUGUCGGAGCUGGACCAACGGACAGCUGUUUAAGUUCCUAGAUCAUGAGGAUAUUUUUAAAGGCUUCAAUGACAGCAUACUCUCUAAUGCUACCCAGAUCAACCCAAGCAUCAGCAAGAUCUACCAAGGAUGUGAGAGGGGGGAGUCAUUGUUCCACAGCAUGGACAUGAAUCAGUUAUUUGACCUUGAGGACUUCUUGAAUUCCACCAAGUAUUUCACAGGAUUCAGGAAUGCUGCUCAGAACAUGUCCAUCAAUGUGAAUGACUUAAAGCUAAUCCCUGACAAAGGGAAGCAAGGCCUAGUGACCUUCAGCAAGAUUGGGUUAGAAGGCAUCGACUACGACAACCUGCUACUGCUGCUGAGCCGACCAGUCGUUAAAAGAGAUCUUGCUGCUUUGGCCAACGAACUUGACGAGAAGGCCGGACUUCCUGCUAACACAAAGAUAAAAGAAGAUUUAAAAUAUGAGGCAGCAACGAGCAGAGGUCUGGACGGCACUGUUGGGCAACAGAUGACAGAUGCAGGAAGCAUGAGCACAAGUCUCAACGCCUUGAGGAACAUCAGCAAAACCUACAUGGUCAAUGUGAACAAAACCUUGGAAAGCUUUAGCAAAGCUGAAGUUGCCCUGUAUACCAAUGUUCCUCUCAUCGUAUCGAACAUGUCUAAGUGUAUCUUGGAGAGAAGUGAACACUACCUGCUUCACUACCUGGGCUGGGCCCGUCAAGUGAUCUUGAAUGAGGUCCUGAGUUGUCAUUGGCUUGCUGUGUCAUUGGACAAUGUGUACAUGGCAGUAUGUGUGAAUGUAUUAGAUCCAUGGAAUGCAUUUUGGCUGUGUUUGGGGUGGUGCUGUGCUUUUCUGGUCCCUGGAGUGAUUUUCAGCCUCUAUGUAGUCAGACGAUUGAGGCCCACCCCACCAUCUUGCACUGGUAAGGACACAUUCAACUUGCCAGCGAAGAGCACAGAGAAGACUAAAUCCAACAUUUAUUUGACCCUCAAAAAAAUCCAUGACAUGAACAUCUGUGACAAGAAAAUCUAAGUCAGUUGAAAACACUUAAAUUAGUCAUUCAUUUGUGGAACUUUAUGUACAUUAACAUGUGCAUCUGUCCUGUGAAUGUCUAAUUAAACUUUUGAGCAUUUAUGA